CGGGCGGCUGGAAGCCCGCGGGCGGAGGAGGGCGCCGGCUCCGGGGUUGUCAGCUCGGGGCUGCGACGGCGCGAGGAGGCGCGCGAGAGGAAGGAGCCACGGCCGCCGCCGCAGGGGGACUAGGGGAAGAAAAAUCCCUGUUAGGGAGGAGCUUACUAUCAGUGACAGCUGUUCCCACAGGGGUGAACGUACAUGUGUAUCCAAUCCCUCUGUGGAACUUCUAAACAUCUUCUUUUAGUGGAAACGUUGUUUUCUACACAAUGAAGUCAACAUCUUAAUUUAAACCAGCAUUCAUGUGGUUCUGAUUCAUCUGCUAUGGUUCAUGAAGCUUGAGCUCUAAGGCAUACAGGGUCUUUUGCGAUGACAAUAUGACUAAUAGUAAAGGAAGAUCUAUUACUAACAGAACAAGUGGUGGUCCAAGUAGUGGAGGAGGUUUUGUAGACUGGACUUUAAGUUUAAAUACAAUUCAAUCUGAUAAGUUCUUAAACUUACUGUUGAGUAUGGUUCCGGUAAUUUACCAGAAAAACCAGGAAGACAGGCACAAAAAAGGAAACAGCAUUUGGCAAGAUGGGUUAUCAACUGCAGCACAAACUUUUAGUAAUAGAUCUGAACAACACAUGGAAUAUCACAGUUUCUCAGAGCCAUCUUUUCAUGGCAACAGUGGGCACACGCCAUCAAGCUGUAGCCAAAAGUAUGAUGACUACGCCAACUACAAUUAUUGUGAUGGAAGGGAGGCUUCAGAAACUACGGCCAUGUUACAAGAUGAAGAUGUAUCUAGAGAUGGUGAUGAAGAUGUCAUUGUGGAAGCAAACCAGAAAUUACCAAAGGAGUCCAGUGGUGUCAUGGCACUGCAAAUACUUGUGCCAUUUCUGUUAGCUGGCUUUGGAACAGUCUCAGCUGGCAUGGUUUUGGAUAUAGUCCAGCACUGGGAGGUGUUCAAAAAAGUAACAGAAGUUUUCAUUUUAGUUCCUGCACUUCUUGGUCUCAAAGGGAACUUGGAAAUGACAUUGGCAUCCAGAUUAUCCACUGCAGUAAAUAUUGGGAAGAUGGAUUCACCCAUUGAAAAGUGGAACCUAAUAAUUGGCAACUUGGCUUUAAAACAGGUUCAAGCAACAGUAGUCGGCUUUCUAGCAGCUGUGGCAGCAAUUAUAUUGGGCUGGAUUCCAGAGGGAAAAUACUAUCUAGAUCAUUCCAUACUUUUGUGCUCUAGCAGUGUAGCAACUGCCUUCAUUGCAUCUCUUCUGCAGGGAAUAAUAAUGGUUGGGGUUAUCGUUGGCUCAAAGAAGACUGGGAUCAAUCCCGAUAAUGUUGCUACACCCAUUGCUGCUAGUUUUGGCGACCUUAUAACUCUUGCCAUAUUAGCUUGGAUAAGUCAGGGUUUGUACUCCUGUCUUGAGACCUAUUACUACAUUCCUCCAUUAGUUGGUGUCUUUUUCUUGGCUCUAACUCCUAUCUGGAUUAUAAUAGCUGCCAAACAUCCAGCCACAAGGACGGUUCUCCACUCAGGCUGGGAGCCUGUGAUAACAGCUAUGGUUAUAAGUAGCAUUGGGGGCCUUAUUCUGGACACAACUGUAUCUGAUCCAAACUUGGCUGGGAUUGUUGUUUACACACCAGUUAUUAAUGGUAUUGGUGGUAAUUUGGUAGCCAUUCAGGCUAGCAGGAUUUCUACUUACCUCCAUUUACACAGCAUUCCAGGAGAACUGCCUGAUGAACCCAAAGGUGGUUACUACCCAUUUAGAACUUUUUUUGGUCCAGGAGUAAAUAAUAAGUCUGCUCAAGUUCUACUGCUUUUAGUGAUACCUGGGCAUUUAAUUUUCCUCUACACUAUUCAUUUGAUGAAAAGUGGUCACACUUCUUUAACUGUAAUCUUCGUAGUAGUAUACUUAUUUGCUGCUGUGUUACAGGUGUUUACCUUGCUGUGGAUCGCUGACUGGAUGGUCCAUCAUUUCUGGAGGAAAGGAAAGGACCCGGAUAGCUUCUCCAUCCCCUAUCUGACGGCAUUGGGUGAUCUGCUUGGGACAGCCUUGUUAGCCUUAAGUUUUCAUUUUCUUUGGCUUAUUGGAGAUCGAGAUGGAGAUGUUGGAGACUAAUAAAUCCUACAAACUGCUCUCAAGUUACCAAGAAGGAAAACACAAAGACAACCACUUAUGGCUCUUUUUCAAAAAUUUUAAUUCAGUAGUUUGAUUUCUGCGAGGGUAAUCUUCAGUUGACCCUGAUUCCAUUAAAUGGCCUUAACAUUUUUUUUUUAAAGAAUUUGUGCUGAAACCAGAAUGAACAGUAUUUGUGCUGCUUUUCAUAGAAUAAAUGAUAAUUUGACAUAGACAUAGACACAAGCUCAAGCUCUGAAAUUAAUUAAAUAGGAAAGAAUAUAGGAUGUUUACAAUGAAUAAUUUUAAAACCACAGACGUAGCAGAAAUGUAAUGUAUUACUGUUUAACUCAUAAUGCCACGUUAAAGGAAACAGAGUUCUGGUUUAGCCUUUCUUGUCUCACAGAUGUGUUGUACUGCAAAGCAGACUUUAAAAUGAAAGGGGCCCAACUAAGCUUGUAAUAGUUCUAACUAUGCCCACCUCUCUGCCAGCUGAGGAUCCAUUUACCAAUUACUUUGCUCCUAACCUGACCUCAAUAUGUUCUGCUGAGUAUGAGAUAAACUCACUUUUACCUGUUUGUAUGAAUUUCCCUGUGCUGAUGCUAAUUUAAUUUCAACUCUGCAAGUUCUCGGCAGGCUACCCUUUAAACACAGAAUGGCCUUUAGUGAAAGCAAUGGGUCAUUUUUUUUUUUUUUUUUUGGCCGUGCCAUGUGGCAUGCGGGCUCUUAGUUGCCUGACCAAGGAUCGAACCCGUGCCCCUGCAUUGGGAGCUCAGAGUGCUAACCACUGGACCGCCAGGGACGUCCCAUCAGUGGGUCAGUUUUGAUCAUUGAUUUGUUGAAAGAAUGUUGAUCUUUUUCUGAAGACUUAAUAGUCCAAAAUGAGAUAACAUGAGCUGUGUUUGUAGAAACAAGAUGAUGUGAGAAAUCGUGUGUGUGUGUGUGUGUGUGUGUGUGUGUGUGUGUGUGUGGUGUGUGAAAGAGAGAGACAGAAGCUUUUGAUGGAGAGCUAAAUCUUUGCUAAAAAUUGUUGAUAGCAAAGAUCAUAGUGGGAUAUUAGCAUUCUGUGGUUAUUCUUUAGCACAUUUUAUUGGUAUGCUUUUGUCAUGUGGUGCAAAAAUUUUGCUACUGGCCAGAAUUUAGUAUUUGUUACCUACCUUAUAAUUAAUACUUUCUUCUCGUUAAAAAAAACUGUACCAUUUAAUAUAACCAAGCUAUCAUAAGAUUUAGAAUGAGCAAAUGAUUCAUUCGCUCCUCUUAAUAACUCUAUUGAAACUUGUAGGCUUACCAUUUUAAAGGAGAAAUUGGUGGGGUUACUUCGGUUAUUGUUCAUGCCUGUGCACAUCAUCUGUUUGCACAGGCUGAUUUCUACGUGGGAGACUAUCAGGUACACUACUAUGUUUCUCAAAUAUUUUUCUAAAACUCUGAUUGUAUUCUGAACACUUGAUCAACACCUUAGUUAUUCAAUAGGUAAGCAUUUUUAUAUUACAUAUAGUUCAUUUUUUUGAAAAAUGCAGUGGAAUCUCUCAAGACUGUCAGAUAUUUAAUAAUUUAACUGAUAAAGGGAAGAAGAAAUGCACAUUGACUUUGAUCGUUGUGGUUUAAGUUGUCAAUUAGUGUUAACAUUAUAUAAGUAGUAGGUUGUUUAUAAAUAUAUUGGGGGAAGUGUUCCUAUUAAGCUCUUUAAAAUAAGGGGACUGUGGUUUAGAGUUAUAUAUUUUUGCUUAUUUUGAAAAUUUAUUCCAUUCUUCUGCCUUAUAAUGAAGCUACUGAGGCAGAGAACUGAACUAAUUAUAGAAUUUCUCCUUUGGAGAGUUAUAUUGUCACGUAGUGAACAUUCUUAUAAAAGAAAGAAUGAUUAAGUUGAUGACUAUUUAGCUGCAAGAUUUUUUAUUUUUAAAAUAUCCAUAAAUAAUUUCUUGGAUUUUAUUGUAAAGCAUUUGUAAAUUACUUAUUUACAUUUGGGCUAUAUGAUUCAGAAGGAUUUAUAUUUCCCAGUGAUUUCUAUUUUCAUUUUUUUAACCUAAAGAAGUGCACAGGAAACCACAUUUUUAAAGCAUUUACCAACAACUUUAGUGCAUUACAUAUUCCAAAACACAUUCAAAUACAUGUAUUAUUUAGUACUCACAACAGUACAUGUGAAAUAGGUCAGGUAGAUAUUCCUAUCUCUAUUUUACAGCAGAAGAAACGGAAAAUCAGAGAAGGUACAUUUUUAAUGUUGCACAGCUACAGAGUACCCAAAUUGUGAUUAAGUACAGGUCUCCAGUCUCCUAAGCCAGUUCUAUUUCUGUGACCCUCCAAAUGUACCAAGAGUACCUAACUCAUUAACUGAUAGGAAAUCAACUAGAGAAACAGGAUUUUCUAAAGUAGAAUAGAGUAUUGCUACGUCUCUCCAAUUUCAGACAGGGAAAUCUUCACUUAAUAUAUCUUGAUGGUAAGUAUAGCCAACUCUAAAUUAUUCAUGUUCCUAAGACCAAGGAAAUCAAAGAUAAAUGAAUACUUUGGAAGAAAGAACAAUGCCUUAUUUCAUAGAAUAUUUAAUUGCCACCACCCUUCCCAGAUCUAGCCAUUUUCCAUGAGAUGCUAAUAGAUAACUAGGAUGAUUGAUAUGGGUUCUUGUCCCCUCUCUCUUUUGCUACCCAAUCUUGGUUACAGCAACAAAAUGUCUAAAAGACAUGUAACGGGAAAAAAAAUAAAGACAUGGAAAUAUCAGUCACCAAUUAGCUGAAUUAAUUUAUAAAAGAGGUUUAAAUUCCUUUUAAAAAAUUUUACUGGUUUUUUGAAAGCGUUUUCAUAAGUGGAACCAAUAAGAUAACUUUGCCUACCCACAAAAAUCAUUUAUUAUCAGUCUUAUAUACAGCAAAUUCACAAUAUUUAUUUUUAUACAACAUAAGUUUGCUUUCUAAACUUCUUCCCUUCACUAAUUUAUCAGGCACUUUAUUUAAAUACAGAUAGUCUUUUCAAAGACAUUUUUUAUUUUUUCCCUCCAAUCAUUUUUUUCUUUAAAAAAUAAAGUUUCUUAGAACCUAAUAAAAUAGAAACUGAUGGUAAUGUAUCUUCUGGGAGACAUCAAAAAUUCCAUGACGUAGACUAUCAAUGAUGUAGCCAAGGGAAGUACAUUUUGAAGGGUCUUUCAGUAAUUGGGCUUCCUUGCCUUAUGAUAUAGCUCUAGUAUAGUAUACCCAUUUAUAAUGGGCAUCUGCCAUCUUUGAAUUGUUGUAAACCAAAUAAUAAAAUUUAAGAUGUAUUUACCCAG